AUGAAGCUCCUCCUUCCUCUUUCCAUCUUUACUACUGCCCUUGUUUCGGGUGCUGACGACUGCUACGUUUGUGGCAGUGCUGAUGUUGCUAUGGGUACUCCGGAUGCCUUUGUGAUUAACGACAUCUACAACUAUUCCUGCACCCACCUCGAAGGUGAAUUGGCCAACAGCAGCCUUUCCUGCACCGGAAUAACAAACUACUAUAGGAACCUUCUUGAUACUGAUCUGGAUGUUGCCUGUGGCUGCCCAAUAGCAGACAAUGGAAGUUCUGGCGGUGACAACAGUUCUGCUUCCACAAUGGGACUUUUUGGUGUGGCUGCUUCAAUCAUCAUUGGAAGUGUAUCGUCCUUGUUGAUUGGGGUGUAG